UAUAGUGCAUCUACGAAUUUACAUUUCUGUGUUUCCGUUGCUGUCAAUCUCAGCAGGCUAUAAUCCUGGAUGAUCUGAAACUACGGUACUGUCAUUUAGUUUUGUGAGGUUUUUUUUUAUAUUGCGUUUGUAUACGCAUUGGACCGUAUGGAGGGAUGUCGCGAUGAUGGUCUGCUCUAGGAGAACCAAAACUUUGGUGUCGACAUGCGUAAUUUUGAGUGGCAUGACCAAUAUUGUAUGUCUUCUCUACGUCGGCUGGAUCACUAAUUAUGUGGCCAAUGUGAACACCAAAGUCUCAGAGACAGAACCGGCGAGAAAGUUUGAAGAUGACAACAAGGGAGAAACUCUGAAGAUUAUAGAGAGACUGGACCGACUGGAAAAUGUGGUCAACCAACACAUCCAAGAGGUGCCACAGAAGGGUAGUGAUGAAAAAGUAGUGGAGUCCCUCUCAGACUCCUCCCUGUUUGUCCACUGGGGUCAUGACCUUGGUCCUGAGAGUCGCCGUGUGGCGCUGAAGAAGUUCCAGUACUACGGCUACAACGGUUACCUCAGUGACCGCCUCUCUCUGGCCAGACCCAUCCCCGACCUCAGACCCGAUGGGUGUAGAAACAUGUCGUACCCCACCAAUCUCCCACAAGUAAGUAUCAUAUUUAUCUUUGUGAAUGAGGCCCUGUCGGUCAUCCUGCGCUCCAUCCACACAGCCAUGAACAGGACUCCCUCCCACCUCCUCAAGGAGAUCAUCCUGGUCGAUGACAACAGCAACAAUGCUGAGCUGAAGGAGAACCUGCAGAACUUUGUGAAGGAAACCAACUCCCAGCGGCCAGACUUCAUCAAGGUGGUCCGCCACGACAAGCAGGAGGGGCUGAUCCGCUCCCGGGUCAGUGGGUGGAGGGCCGCCAGCGCCCCCGUCGUGGCCCUGUUCGAUGCCCACGUGGAGUUCAACAUUGGAUGGGCCGAGCCCAUUCUUCUCAGGAUCAAGGAAGACAGAACGCGCAUCGUCUCGCCGUCGUUUGACAACAUCAAGUAUGACACGUUUGAGAUCGAGGAGUAUCCGCUGUCUGCUCAGGGCUUCGACUGGGAGCUGUGGUGUCGCUACCUGAACCCGCCCAAAGUCUGGUGGACCCAGUACAACCACACCGCCCCUAUCAGGAGCCCAGCUCUUAUUGGCUGUUUUGUGGUGGACAGGAAGUACUUUGAGGAGAUUGGCCUAUUGGAUGAGGGAAUGGAGGUCUAUGGUGGAGAAAAUGUGGAGCUUGGCAUCAGGGUAUGGCAGUGUGGGGGCAGUGUGGAGGUCCUACCCUGUUCUCGGAUAGCCCAUAUCGAGCGUGCUCACAAGCCCUACACUCAAGACCUGACUGCUCAUGUGCGGCGGAAUGCGCUGAGGGUGGCCGAGGUGUGGAUGGAUGAAUUCAAGAACCACGUUUACAUGGCCUGGAACAUUCCUCCACAGGACUCAGGGAUUGACAUAGGGGACCUCACGGAGAGGAAGGCUUUGAGGAACAGACUGCAGUGUAAAUCUUUCAGGUGGUUCUUGGCCAACAUCUACUCUGAGAUGAGAACCUACAGUGACACUGUUGCUUAUGGAGUGGUAAAGAACAUGCUGAGGAAUGACCUGUGUCUAGACCAGGGGCCUGACUCGGACAACAUCCCCAUCCUGUACCUCUGUCAUGGGAUGACACCACAGAACGUGUACUACACAAACUCACAUCAGCUUCACCUGGGGGUCCUGAGCCCCACCAUCGACGACGAUGACAACAAGUGCCUGGUGGAUGUGAACAACCGGCCGCGGCUCCUGGAGUGCAGCUACGCCACAGCCAAGCGCAUGAAGCUCGCCUGGCUGUUUACUCAGGGAGGCUCCAUAGAAAACAUGAAUUCCAAACGUUGCCUGGAGCUGGUAGAGAAUGGCGAAACGGAGUUUGGCUACCAGCUGGCAAUACAGAAGUGCUCUGGUCAGAAAUGGACAAUCACCAACCUACUGUCAACCUACACUCUCCAAUGAGAGGAUCCUGAGUCCUGCAGGGGAAAGAGCUGCCCAUGGUGAACACUGGACCUGUGACUGACAGACA